AUGGCUUGGGGGCAGCUUGGGGCUUACCCUGAGAUGGAGGACAAGCGGGGUCGGGCUUGGAGCGGACACCCAGGCCGCCUCUCACCCCCUGCUCUCUCCCCUGCAGGUGUCGGUAAGAGCAGCUUACUGUUACGUUUCGCAGACAACACUUUCUCAGGCAGUUACAUCACCACGAUCGGAGUGGAUUUCAAGAUUCGGACUGUGGAGAUCAACGGGGAGAAGGUGAAGCUGCAGAUCUGGGACACAGCCGGGCAGGAGCGCUUCCGCACCAUCACCUCCACGUAUUAUCGGGGGACCCACGGGGUCAUCGUGGUCUAUGACGUCACCAGCGCCGAAUCCUUCGUCAACGUGAAGCGGUGGCUUCAUGAAAUCAACCAGAACUGUGACGACGUGUGCCGGAUCCUAGUGGGGAAUAAGAACGACGACCCUGAGCGCAAGGUGGUGGAGACGGAAGACGCCUACAAGUUCGCUGGGCAGAUGGGGAUCCAGUUGUUUGAGACCAGUGCCAAGGAGAAUGUCAAUGUGGAAGAGAUGUUCAACUGCAUCACAGAACUGGUCCUCCGGGCAAAGAAGGACAACCUAGCGAAACAGCAGCAGCAACAACAGAAUGACGUGGUGAAGCUCACGAAGAACAGUAAACGGAAGAAACGCUGCUGCUAAUGCCCCCAGCCCACUGCAGAGACUGCGCUGCGGCCGCGCCCCCUGCCCCGGGCCGGGGGCUCCUCUCCUGGGGGACAGUCUCAGUUCCGUGCUGUUAUUUAAAGAAUUCUCUCCAUGUUUUUGUACCGGGAGGCGCCGUCGGGACUUCCUCCCCGCCCCCUCGAGUGCCAAGAAGGUGUGGGACGGCCUGCCCUUCCCUUCCGGCGCCCCUGCCCCCCGGCGAGGACGCUGCCAGCCGAGCGGACUGAUUAACCGGAGUCUGUACAUAGUGUAUAUCGCUUUAACCAGCGCGCUGCCCUCGUCCUGCUCCGGCUUUUGCCUCCUUCGUGCCAGCCUGCUGCGACACCCCCUCCCCUCCCCACCUCACCCCAACUUACCGCCAGCAGCUUCCGGAGAGGACAGGAUCACGUUCUAGAACAUGUACCUUUUGCCAACCUGGGCUGGUGCCGUGGGCUCCACGGGACUCGUUCCCUCUUGCAGGCGUCGGCGUCUCCCCUGCAUGGAGGGCCCACCCCUGCCCCUCCCCAUCCUGCCUGUCACCGCCGGCAGCUGGGGGAUCCCGCCUUGAGGUGGGCCCAGGGGUCCCCCUGGAGGCCUGGCCCUUUGCUUCCAGAGGAGGGAUCGCUCCUGCCCUUUGGCCCACAGAUUUCUUGUCCUGCCUUCCAGACACCUCAGCUACAACCCAGGGGAGCCGUGGCUUCUGACUUAAUAUAUACCAACCUGUUUGGGUUCCAACAGAAAGGUAGGGGUGUGUUUGUACACGGAUGGGCUUGCCGGUGGGGGGGCUGCUAAGGAGCGUCAUUUUAACAGAUAAAAGUGAAGCCAAAUCAAAUGAAUUAAGUUCCUUAUACUUUUUUUUCUCUUCCUGAGAUUUGGUUGGCACAGCAGCAAAAGUUGCGGCCUCCCCACUCUGGGUCCAGUGUUUUUAGAAAAAACGAAUGGCUUCCUGUCACUGCGGAGCUGGGCUCCUGGCCGAGAAGCUCUGCCUUUCUGACCAUUUGUUGAUGGGAAAGGAGGGGCCUCCCUUGGAGUCCUGGGUCUCCAGUGAGCUCCUGGCACUCCUCAGUGUGGGGAGCGGGUGUCGGUCUGCUGGGCCCUGGGGAUGGUGCCUCUGAGCUGGAUGCAGGCAGCCUUGGGUCCCUAACGGGACUGUUUUAGUACAAAGGCAGCAUGAGAAUUUCUUGGCGGGUGGUAAGGAGUGGCCACCUGGGCUGGAUGCCAGCCGUGACUUGCCCUGAUGCCCUUGGAAGAAUGACCAGGGUCUUCUGCACGUCAUUACGGUCACUCCCUCUCCCCCUCGAGACACUUCACUCACCUUUCCCCUGAAAGAUCAUGUAACCUGGGAAUAAUUUAUUUUAGCACCACGAUGUGUUUUACUAGAUUUCCUUUCUUAAGCGAUUUCCAGGUCAAGCCCUGAUUGGACAAUCACAUCACAGAUUCACUGCAGAUUUCCCAUGUCAUUGUUGAUGGGUUUUUAAUCAAUAAAAACCGGGGGUUUCUUCUGACGUGUAUCUCCACUUCCCCCAGACUGCUGAAAGCCCGCGGUUCUGGGUGACAGACUUGGCUCACUCUGGAGCCAUGGGACGAGGUGGGGGUGCUCCGGGCCCGGGGAGGCGGGGCUGGGGGCUGGCAGUAGGCAGCCCUGUCGGAUUGGGUGCGUGGGGCCACAGCGCGGUCUCCAUCCUCAGGACUGUCCCAGCCACCCUGGGUCCCCGGAGGAUGUGGAGACUCGGGGCUCGGCCCUGAGCGUCCAGGUGACGCCGCUGCGGCAGAGCUCGCAGAUUUCGGCAAUAAGGUGGGGGGCCUGCAAGUUUCCAGUGCGGGCGAGAAGCUCCGUGGCUUCCGGCUGCUGGACACUCAGGCCCAGGUGGGGGGAGAUUCGGUGAUGGCAGCGUGCCCGUCCGAGGAGUGUGUCACGCAUGAAUGGGGGGUGGGGGUGGGGACUCAGGGCUGGACCGGCAUCCUGGUGGACCUGAUGUGAACUUCCUGUCAAACAACAACACUUUUAAAUGGUUUGCUAGGAUUAUUUCUGUAUUGAAAGUUUCUAAUUAUGCUUUUUAAAAAAAAAUACUAAAAAUAAAGGUUCAAGCUGCCAAA